AUGUACGUGUGUCGCUGUGUGUGGCUGCGCGCCCGCCGCGGUGGAGUUGCCGCCGCCAUUCCCGCUCGGACAGCUCCCUCCUGUUGUUGCUUUCAACCGCAACACAGCGCUCGUUUUUUUCUUCUGUAUUUAUUUCUCUUACAUUUUGUGUUUUCGCCGCACAACACCAUAGAUCACUGCACGCCUGUCCGUUGUUGUUUGUUCGCCUGUUUUCUUCCGCUCCAUAGAUGCAUGCAAUCGAUGGCCGAGGCGUCAGGUGAAGUUCACGCGCGCAGAGGAGGGAGGAGAAGGGAAACAGAAACAAUUACCAACGUGCGACGGUGUCAUUGCACGGGUGUGUCACUCGAUGCUGAUCUCCACAAAUGUCGCCGCUUGUGUUUUUUUUGUUUUCUGUUUUUAUCCCCCGUUUGUCGCCUCUGCAGCUUCAGACUUUUUCUCGUCCUAGGCCACGCUUUGUACGCACUCGAUUACUAUUGUUAUUAUUGUUUCCGUAUUUUGUUUGUUUGUAUGUUUUUGUUCCUGGCGGGGGGAGGAGGGGAGGGGGGGACAUGA